AUGUCAACUGCUGUUUAUUAUACUCAUCCAAAUAUGAAUACUUCAGAGGAUAAUAAUAGACAUACUUUACCAUCAUUAUCUCAAAUUAUGCCACCACCUCAACAUCAACAAACUUCUAUUCAAAAUGAUUCAACUUCACCACUUAUAAGUAAUGGAUUUUAUACUCAACAUUUACAACAAACACAACCAAUACAACAACAAUCUGGUUAUAUAGAUCCUUAUUCACAAAUUUCAACUGCUCAAACAACACCAACAAAUUCAUAUACAGGUUUUGAAAACUCGAAUAAUAAUAAUAAUAAUAAUAAUGGAAACGUAAUUCCCCAACAAUCGAGUUUUAAUUCACCAACAGAAUCAUCAAAUGAUGGAAAUGGAAAUAAUAAUCAACACCAAUGUAUUUGUAAAACAAAUCCAAAUAAAAUUCCAAGACCAAGAAAUGCUUUUAUAUUAUUUAGACAAAAAUUUCAUCAAACUGUUUUAGAUGAAGGUUCAGUAAUAAGAACAAAUCCUGAAGUUAGUAGAGAAUUAGGUAGAAGAUGGAGAUCAUUAACUUCAAUUGAAAAACAACAUUGGAAUAAUUUAGCAGAAGAAGAAAAAAAAAAUCAUGCUUUAAAAUAUCCUGAUUAUAAAUAUGCUCCAAGAAGAAAUGGUAAAAAUAAAAAUUGUUUAGUUUGUAAAGAUAAAAUAACUCCCCCUAAUUCAAAUGUUUCAAAUUCAAAACAAUUAUUAAAAGAACAAUUAAAAGCAAAUAAAUUAGCUGCUAAAAAACAAGCUCAAGUUCAAUCACAAGCUCAACAAGUUCAACAACAAAUUCAAUUACAAAGACAUCAUUCAGAAGCUGCUUUAGCUGCUUCAAAUGUUUUAUUGGCAAAUUCAAAUAAUCAUUUAUCAAAUCAAUUCCAAACUCAAGAUAUUUUUAAAAAUCAAUUAUAUACAAAUAAUACAACUAUUGGUAAUUAUAAUAAUAAUAAUACAAAUAAUAAUAAUGCCAGUGGCAAUGGUUCAUCAUCGAAUUUUAUAUAUCCUCCACAACCUUAUCAUUAUACAUCUGGUACUAAUGGAUCAUUAUCUGCUUCAUCAACUACUUCAUCUUCAUCAACUACAAAUUUACCAUUACCAAAUAAUUAUAAUUUUAUUCAACAACAACAACAACAACCAACUUCAGCUACAUCUUUAACAUCAUUACAAUUUUAUGAUCAUGAUAAAUUAUCUCCAUUAUCUCAACAACAACAGCAACAACAAGCUGCUGCCGCCGCUGCAAAUGGUGAAGCAUCUGCUACUACUACAGUUACAGCUCAACCUAUACAAAAUCAUUAUACAGCUCCUCAUUUAGGAAGUACAACUACUGCAGGUCCAGUAGAUUAUUCUUUACACCCUCAACAUCAACAACAACAACAUCAUCAACAACCAUAUUUUCAAUCAGCUCCUCCUCCACCUGUUCUUCAACAUAAUACCGGUGCUUAUGGAUUUGAUAAUUUUCAUCAAUAG